GCACUAGCCUUGUUUAAUGAUCAUAUUGUAUAUAGGUAUGUGCACAUAGCUUGAAUUCUAGUUAUCAUACUAAGUGGUCGAGGGGAGGUCACAUCAACGGACCGCCGGUCAGUCAGAUGUUAAGUUAAAGAAUAAAUUUGUGAGUACCAACGACUACAUACUACCCUAAACUUGACCGACACCAUGCGUCCUCAAAUAUUACAAGAGCUGUGGGUCUCUAGCUUAGACAGAGAUUCGUUGGAAGAUAUUCAUGAUUGGGUAACAUUUGUGGUGCAAGUAACUCCUGCGGAAGAUGUUGAUCGUCUACAGGUACCGCCAGCGCUCAUAAAGAUCAUCCGUUCAGAUCGAGGCUACCAGAAAACAGUCCAGAAACUCAAACAAAUCAACCAGACUCAUGGUCAAAAGGAUGAUCAAUCGGCACUCGACAUGUGCAAUCGGGGCAAUGAUGAAUUCCGUGCCAAGCGCUUCAAAGAAUCCAUUUGGUGCUACACACAGGGAUUGCAACUUGCGACUUUCAAGUCAGCGACACUCGCGAAAUGUUAUGGAAACCGAUCAGCCGCCUAUCUGCAUUCCGAGGCGUACAUUGAGUGCUUGUGGGAUAUCGAAAGUGCACUACGACUCGACCAGUGCAAAACCCAUGUAAAGCUUCUCAAGCGCUUUCUACGUACUGCUGAUGAAGGGAAGCUCUCGAUCAGAAGUGACCUAUGGACAAGUUUGUCGCGCGCACCCAUCGACGAUGACGACGUGCGAGCUGCCGUUGAUGCUGCACUCUCAUGGAUUGACUCAACUUUGCCGAAGCUAGUCACAUCCUCGGCUGCAAGUGCUGCGCUGGACAAUCUUAUGUGUCAAAAUGAGCCGAUGAAUGCAUCAAGCAACCCCAUCCGCCUUACCAACGUACUCGCAGAUAGUAUUCACGUACUGACCAUGGAGGAUGGCAGUGGCAGAGGUGUAUAUGUUCAGGAUGCAGUGAGCGCCGGUGAGCGCAUAAUCAGGGAUGAAGAUCCUCUCGUUGUAACCAAUCCGCACACAGUCGCCGCUAGUUCUGUGAAUGACAUGAAUCGUAUACGGUGUGUCAUGUGUUCGAAACGAUGUACUAAGCGCAGAUCUGUGAAAGGUGGCAAAGACCAGGCACCAUCAGCGAACGUGCACUACUCUGUGGGAUGUCUAACGUGUGCGUUGUGUGUCUACUGUUCAAAGAGAUGCCAAUACCAGACCCAGCGGAGGCUAAUAUCGCCGGAGUUAAAUGCUCAUACAGCCGUAAACCCCACUUCGCCCAGGAAGCAAGUUGCAACCACGAAUGCAAGUGACAGAUUGGAGGCUGUUGCAGAUACAGAUUCGGAACCCGUUGCUUGUGUUUUAUCUGGGCUCCAACAUGCCUCUAUCCUCAGCACACAAGCACGGCAAGCCCUGCAAAUGUGCAGCUAUCCUCAGCAACAUGCCCAGCCGUGUGGUUAUCUCUCCAGUGAUCAAUCCCUGGGGUCUCAUACUGCGACGCGAACGGGGCACUUGGCCACAGGAAACUUGAAAGCUCAAGCAUUGUGUACCAAUGCGACUACCUUGACUUAUUCCUUUGUGUCGGAAUGUCUUGCGACUGCUGUGUUAUUGAACGAUGCCUAUGGCGUGGGGGUAGAAGAGGUGUGGCAUCACAUGCUAAGAGUGAAAUGUAAUAGCGUUGUAUUUACAGACAUGACAUCGACACCGUCGGCGAAGAAAAUUAACAGAAAUAUCGGUAGUGAUAUGAGAGGAGGAAGCGCAGAAUCACGAGGGUUGGUCUUGUUUGCGACCAUUAGUAUGGUAAAUCACUCGUGUGACCCAAAUGCUAUUGUACAACUAAAUACCGAUGCAGACCCGGGAGUUCUUGCUAGUCUGUACGUAACCCAGCCUCUAGCUCAGGGAGAUCAGAUCACUAUCUGCUAUGGACCGCAAGUGGGACGGCACUCGCUAGGAGAGAGAAAAGUUAUGCUCAAGGAUCAAUACGGCUUCGAUUGUCAUUGCAUGGCUUGUAAACGCGAAGAAAUCGCCAUCUCCCAGCGCUACUCGGUAUUCGUGUGCAAGAAGGCCGUUCCUUAUGUCGAGGCCUAUAUCCUUCGCAAACUCGUCCCCGAAUCAGUGCGCGAUUGUCUGUCGCAUCCGUUGCGUCUGGAGAGUGCUACCGCGCUGGUCUGCGACGGUUGUCAUAGCAAAUAUGCAGCAGCCGAAUAUGAGAACGCUUUGGCAAGUAUCACCUCCCACAUGACGACGGCUACCGACAGUAUUCAACCCACUGUGAAGGAGCAAUUUGAAGCCACACAAAGGGCUCUGUGUCAAAACAUAGCUGUUCUUCAUCCCAUCACGCUGCCCAUUGGGUCGAUGUAUGACGACCUCGCGAGGCUGGCUAUAGCGAAUGGUGAUGAAACAGCCGCUGGGCGCAUGUGCGCGUUGAGUACCGGGAUCGUAGGUCGGGUAUUCGGCACCUCCUCUAUUGAGUAUGCCCAUGAAUUGCAUAAGCUCUCGAGUAUAUAUUAUCGAUGCGGCACAAACAGGAAAGAUCUAGUGUGGAUCCGUGCCAGUGCAGUGGCCAUCUUCCGUGCGCAUGGCGCACAGGAGUACAGCGAACAAACACAGGAACUGGAAGCCAUGGUUGUAAGGUGACCGAAGAUUCUGUGUAGUUCUAUGAGAUUGCCUUGCACCAGCUUGGUCAGGUUCUGGAGCACUGCUCUAUUACUAGCCGCAAAUAGUAUGCGAAACCACUCAGGAUCAAGAUCAAGGGCAGCGAAACGGACAUCGCGGUUUGACCCGGUCUUAGAACUCAAGACGUCAUUAGUGUCGCUUGCGGAAGGCUACUGUGUAGCUCGCAAAAGGGGGAUGUGGCCUGUAUAUGUGUUUACAUAACGAGUUAGUUAAAUACCACGCUGGGAUAUUGUUUGAGACAUGAUAAAGCAGGC